AUGAGAAAUAUUUAUUACACAUGGUGGAUCUUUUUCCAUCUGUUGACACAUAAUCUGAAGUUUGUUUUCUGUGACAAUUUUGAUUUAUUCCCUACAAUUGAAAUACAAGGGUCAAAGUUUUUCAACUCAUCUGAUGGAAAACAGUUUUUCUUAAAGGGAAUUGCAUAUCAACCUCAAAGAACUACCGAGGAGCUAGAUAAUACGGACGAAAUAUUUGACACUAAUUAUAUAGAUCCACUGGCUGAGCCCACAAUUUGUUUAAGAGAUUUACCAUAUUUACAAGAACUAGGAAUUAAUACAAUUAGGGUAUAUUCAAUUGAUCCAGAUAAAGACCACGACGAAUGUAUGCAUAGCUUGAUGAAAGCAGGGAUAUAUGUUAUUCUCGAUUUGGCAGAACCUGAAACUUCUAUUGUAAGAGAUAACCCUACUUGGGAUGUUACACUUUUUGAAAGAUAUAAAGCCGUUAUUGACACUAUGAGUCAAUAUAACAAUGUUUUAGGAUAUUUUGCUGGUAAUGAGGUUACAAAUGACAAAUAUACUACGGCAGCAUCUCCUUUUGUUAAGGCAGCUAUUAGAGAUACAAAGGACUAUAUUAGAAAAAAAGGUUACAGAGCUAUUCCUGUAGGUUAUUCUUCAAACGAUGAUAUCGAGACUAGAGAUAACCUUGCCCAAUACUUUAUUUGUGGACAGAUGAGUGCAGAUUUUUAUGGUAUAAACAUGUAUGAAUGGUGCGGAUAUUCGUCUUAUAUCAAUAGUGGCUACGAGGAAAGGACCGAAUAUUUUAAAGAUUAUCCUGUUCCUAUAUUUUUCUCUGAAUUCGGUUGUAAUCUAGAUAGACCAAGGCCAUUUACAGAGGUAAGUGCUCUGUUUGGGAAGCAGAUGUCAAAUAUUUGGUCUGGUGGGUUGGCGUACAUGUAUUUCGAAGAAGAAAAUAACUACGGAGUUGUGAGAGCUUCUGGAAGUGAAAAAAAUGUCACAAAACUACCUGACUUCGAACUACUAAAGCAUCAGUUUUUGCGUGCUAAUCCGCCGAAGGCUGAAAAAACUAACUACUUGAAAGAUAUAAAACUGGCAAAGGGUAAACAGUCAUACAAUUGUCCUAAGUAUUCAGAAAUAUGGCAAGUCAGUGGGGAUUUACCACCUAUCCCAAACGAAACCAUAUGUGCAUGCCUUAAUGGCUUACCAUGUAUGCUUGCCGAUAUGAACUCUGACUUCCCAUUUGACGAGUAUUUUAGUAACAUUUGUGAAAAGACUAACUGUACUGAAAUUAUGAGUGAUGUAGGGAACGGAUCAUUCGGUAAAUAUUCAUUUUGUUCAAAUCGACAAAAAUUAUCUUACGUUGCCUCACGAGUGUACUUCGAAAGUAAUUUAACAAAUCCAGAAUGCCCUUUCAAUGAUGAUGUUUUUAUUCUUAAUAGCGAAUCGAAUGCCUUUUUAAAAUCUAACAAAGUUUGUAAGAAGGUUCUUGAAGAUAUUAAAUUGUUGAGUGAUAAACAUUACCCGUUAUCAUAUUUGCCAUUUGGGUUAUACCCCCUAAAUUCUCCGGUGUAUGUCAUACAUGACGGCGAUGAUAUGUCCAUUCAAAACAAUGACGAUCAUUCCAAUGAAAAACAAAGUAGUGUGGCCCCAAAAACUUUUCAUAUAACUAAACGGAACAAAAUUUUAAUAAUGAUGAUAGUUGCAUCCAUUAGCUUCUAA